GUUUUCCCCAAAAAUAAGACCUAACCAGAAAAUAAGAUAAAGUGGAAAAAAUCAAGCAGUUGUCUUAACAACCAGCAACUAUGACUGAAACCUUUACCUGAGGCAUUUACUGUGCAUUUGUCAUUCCCUUACUCAUGGUUAUUUACAGGUUGUUCAGACAACCAUUAUCUUCUAGUUUUACUUCUGUUUCUAAACAACACUUUUGGAGAGAGUUUUUUGAACAAGAAAAAUUCAGUAUUAUUUGAGAAAGCAUAUGAACCACCUUUUGUCUUUUACCUUUUGUGUAAUUGUGCUAUUCCAUUAUACUCACCACUUUCUUUAGGUGAUGUAGCAAAAAAGCAGAAAAGGGGAAAAAGCUUUUCUUACAAUACUUAGAUCUCUAUUCUGUGAUGAAACUGCAAGUAGAUAAGUUUUCAUGUAUAAAUAUGGAAAUACAGGAAUUUGGGUAUUGGAGAAUUUGUCUUUUUUCUCUUUCCAAUAUUGCUCCUUUCUGCUAAAGUUUGCCUCACAAAAAACAGAUUAAUAAAUGCAAAUUAAAUGCCCAUGACUGAUAGGUUGAAGCAAGAUCUGAGGAAUGUGCAGAGAAGCCAUUUGGGAGAUGCAUCUCUGGGUUUUCCCUCUGGGUUCUGUUCCUGACUGGGCCCUUUGAUUCUCUUAUUUUCCCACUAGAGCUGACUCAGUCUGACACAAGUCAAAGUUGCACUUGGAUUUCUGCUUUUAACCUGGGCUUUGAUAUAUUCAAGUUUUUUUUAAAGCUCAUGAAAUUUGUACAAUUUUUUGUUUUCAAUACUUCACACAAAUUGCCUGAGAUUUAAAAACAAAAUUUGCAAAUCACAACCUAUUUUAAGUACGCCAAGUGUUGGUUAUCUAUUUAUUUAUUUUAUAUACUGUCUUAUAUUUUCAAAAAAAUAUCAAGAUGGUAUACAAAAGAAAUACAUUAGAACUUGGCAGCAGUACUUGAUUUAAAAUAGAAUAGAUUUAUAUUAAAACUAACUUUUAAAUAACUGGGUAGAUAAAGUUUUGGCCCAGUGUCUAAAUAGAGAAUAUUGGAUCCAUGCUUGGUAUUACAACAACUGUGUAAAUAAAAAUAUUGAAGCAAGGUUUAUGUUUGCAGGAGCAACAUUGUUAAAAUCUUACUUCACGUUUUCAUGUCAGAGUACUAGAACUGAUCAAUUGUGUGCACUUUCAUCUGAUUAUUUUGAUAGUUGCAAAUAUUGCUGUCAUGUGACAUGUUUAUCUGAACAAAUAGCAAAUAUUGAAUUUUGUUAAUCUGUUAAACCAGUAACACUUUAAAAAGGUCUCUGAGGAAUGCAUUUCUGAAUUGUAUAUAACAGGUAAUACAAUACAUAGUAAAUUAACUUUUCUAAUUAACUAAAUUUUGACCACAGGUUCUACAGAUUGUAUGUUGAUAUGGCAUGAUCUAUUAGCCUCAGGGAUGUAGUGGGUGGGUUGGCAGAAAGGAACACUACCAUCAGUGGGGUGUGUGCAUCUGACUUGAGGACCUUGGCAGGUGCUAAAAUGCGGCAUUCUGAGAAAAGGGGAUCAUGUCUGGACCUGAGGCCCCUCUGUUCUGUUUGGAGCUUUCUCUGGAUCAGUUUUAAGGCAGCCCUAACUGAACUACAUUGCAGUAAUCCUGCACCAUGUCCAGGAGAGGUUGCAGCUGGCAAGCCAGUUGGAGAUGGUAUUGGAAAAAAUGGAGAUGGAAAAUGGAUGGAGAUGGAAAAAAGUAUUUUCAGUUGCUACAAUCACUUGGGACUUCAGCAACAGUGAUGGAUCUUAGAUUACUCCCAGACCUCGAACGUGCUCUUUCAGAGAGUGCUACCAUAUCCAGAACAAGCAGUGAACCUGAGUCAGGAACCAGUCACUCACAUUGCCUCUAUCUUGCCAAGAUUCUAUUUCAAUUUAUUUGCUCUCAUCUAGCCCAUCACCGGGUCCAGACAGUGAUCUAGAACUUGAACAGCAUCACCAGAUUCAGUAGCCACAGAAAUAGAGUAGUAUGUCAUCAGUAUACUAAUAUCAUUUGGCCCUAAAUCACUAAUUGGGGACAGGAUAGGAAUGUGCAGAACCCUGUAGCUGCGCUGCCAAGAACCUGAGGAAUAGUUGCCCAGCAUAACUUUCUGAAAUUGACACCACAGAUUAGACUGGAAGCACCGUAACAAAGUGUCCCCAUUACCUCAGCCACAGAGUUGAUCUAGGAAGCCACAGAGUUGAUCAUUGAUGGUAUUGAAAGCUGAUGAAAGAUUGAGUAGGAUUAACAAAAUCACACUCCCUCUGUUCCUCUAAAAAAAUAAAGGACCUCCAUCAGGGUGACAAAGAAUGAUUCAGUCUCAUAACUAGGUGAAAGGCUGGAUUGAACUGGGACUGAUGUCCUCCAUGAGUACCUGCAGUUGCACUGCACAACCCUCACAGGUACCUUAUCUAAAUCAGUGUAACCAGCAAGACUUCUUUUGCACAGCUGAAAAUGUCCCAGCUGCCUCAUUCUUGUUAGCACGACAACUACUAGGCUGGGUGGGCUUGCUAAAUGCAAGCAAGGAUGGUUUUUAAGAAAAGACUGCUUACUGGGAGCAGGGUUGUGAGGGCUGGUUGAAGCGCCAGUGUCCUGUGUUUCUCAGAAGAAGAGCAUCAAUGUUAAGUCUAGAACAACCUGAACUCUGACACUGUUGGGGAAAUGUCCUGAAAAAAGAAAGCCUAACAUACUGUUAAAGCUGCGUAGGCCUAUGGUUUAAUUGUUAACACUGGAUCCAUUUCUUCUGUGAGUGUCUCACAAUUAGAGGGUUGGUUUUAAGCUUUAGAGCCCUAAAUAGCAUUGGGCUACAUUACCCUAAGGAACAUCUCUCAGAAUAUAAAGUUUUUAGCUAGGUAGGUACAUAUGAGAAGAUACGUUGUUCAGAGCUUUAAAGGUUAAAACCAGCCUUGAAUUGGGCAUUGUAGCUGGCUGGCAGCCAGUGCAGAUGAAGAAGCACUGUGGGUUAUAACCCCUGGUGGGUUCCAGCAAUCAUUCUGACAUGUAGUUACACACAAUGGCUGGUUUUAUGGGGUAGGUGCAACAGGGAUGGUGUUCAGUCACUUAGGGAGGUGGCACACGUAAAAGUAAUGGCUCUGUAAUGUAACAGUUUUUCAGUUAAAUUAUAGGCCUGUGCAUCUUUGCCCUAACAUUACAUUUGUUGCUCAUCUUCCAGAGUUUUUCCCCAACAAACCAAAGUUUAGUUUUGCUCCCAACUUCCAAAAAGAUCUCAGAGCCAUAGGCACACUGCUGGUUAGCCAGCCAUCACAGGCCUACUCCCAGUCUGUAGUCCUUUUCCUUCCCAUGAGUAAAGAAUAUGCAGUUCGAAGAAGUCCACCAAACCAUCACAAUAUGAUCACAUUAGCCAGUCCCAGUUAGCAGUCUAGAUGUUCUAUUUGCAUUCAUGAAGUUUCUAGACCCAGUUUUCAAGGACAGUGCAACAUAUAAUAGAUUGCAAAAUUAUAAGAUCACUGGAGCAUAACUGUUGAAAGGCUAAUUCUGUCCAGGUGGGAUCUUAGUUGGUAUAUUGACCUGUGCUGAUGAGAAGGCUCCUGAGUCUAUAGUGACAGUUGCAACUCUAAGAAUACCCCCAAAGUAUAUACCUGCCCCUUUAGGCAGAAUGCAAGCUCCAUCAGAACAAGUUGAAUGCCCCUUAACAGGACAAAUAACGUACUCCAUAACAUUUAUUGCUAGUUCAGAUUUGGUGUCCAUUUAUUUGCCCUCAUCCAGUCGAGACUCUUCUCCAACCACUGGUUCGGAACAUCAACUGUUUCACCUGUAUUAGAUGAAAGGGAGAGGUAUGCCUUAGUGUACAUAUUGAUGGCACCUCACUCCACAUUCCAAGAUGACAUCUCACAGAGUUUUUAUCAAGUGCAGGCUGCAGAUAAUAUCCCAAGCCUUGUCUGGUAUCCCCAAGCUCAAUCAUUUGUCAUUGCCAAGAAGUGGGGAGAGCAGUCUAGAAACUGUAUGGUUGCUGCAGUGGAAGCCUCGCUCCUAGAGUAGCCCUGGAAUUUUCUAGGAAUUGGUGAUUGCAGGUGCCUGCCUAUAGGGCAUUCUAGGCAUCCUUUUGCUUGCAUGAUAAAUUAGUACAGUGGCCCUAAGGUUACUGCACUCCUUAAUAUCUCCUUUUUGGGAGGCUGGAAUAUAGAUUGAAUAUUUUCAAUCUGAACUAUUGUUUUGCAUUCCAUAUUUGCUGGGACAUUCUUCUUAGUGUUUAAAAUUAUUCAGUCUCUGCAGAGGUAUUACUCAAGGUAAUUUGCACCUUCCAAUAAUUCUUCUUCAAAUGAGUCUGUCAUCCUUUUAUCCCUUCUGUAUAGUUCUUCCAUGUACUGUUUUUCCUUCUCUUUAUUAUAUUUUGGUCAGAUGGAAUAUUAGAACAUAAAAAGCCAUGUUGACUCAGAUCAAAGGUCCAUCCUGUCCAGCACUUUGUACACAUGGUGGGAGGAUCCUCCCUCAGGAUCCUCCAGCAGGAUGGGUGCAAGAUCUCCACCUGUUCAAGCUCCUCAGCAAGUUCUGUAUGCUUUCAUACCAUGUCUGGUAAAGGAGGUAGCACAUAGUCAGCAAGGCUGAUAACCGCUGAUAGCCUCCUCUUCCAUGAAUCUGUCCAGUCCCUUUUUAAAGCCAUCCAAAUGGGUAGCCUUCACCACCUCCCAUGGCUGCGAAUUCCAGGUUUAACUAUAUGUUGUGUGAUAGUAUGUUAGUCCUUCAGAAUUCCUGAUUUAGGAAUUUUUGUUUGAUUUUUCAGAUUGUCUGAGAGAAGCUCUUGUUUUUCUCUUUUGUUGUUCUCUUCUAUUUCUUUGCAGUGGCCAUUGCAGUAUUUAUUUUUGUAUAUGAGAGUCAUUGAAAUGUUGCAUUCAGGUUUCUGACCUAACUCUUGUCACCUUUUACAUUUGCUUUUUGCCUACCUUUUGCAUUGUCAGUGUUUCUUCAGUCACCCAUACAGGCUUUUUCUUUCUUUUUUGCUGCAGGAAUUGUCUUCCCUAAUAAUGCCUCUGGUUUUAGUGUGCAGUGCAUCCAGUUCGCAGUCAAUUGAGUUCAAAAGCCAAGAAGAGCAAAGAUCAAACAUAUAUAUGGUUGGCUGAACAUGGUCAGCUACUCUGACUAAUGAGUUUAGGGAGUGAAUAAGCUUAUUUUAGAAGACUUUUAUUUAGAGAUGACUUUAAAAAAUCACUUGGAUUGCCUUCUGUGAAAAGGGUGUUCUGUGCUCUGAAUAACUAUGGGUUCAUUAUGGAUUUUGGGUACCCAGUCUCCCAUCACUCUUUGCCUUGUAUUUGUUCUUGCCUUGUAUGUUAUUUGUCUUUCAGCCUUACCAAUAUGCCUUCAAUGAAAUGGCUGUUGGCCAUGGCUACGAAGACUGUCAUGUAGUGAAUUAGCCAUGGCAGCUAAUUUGUGACAGUGCCCACAGUUCUUUCCCAGGAGGUUUGGGCCCAUUGUCCAGAAGAGAAGAGGAAUGACUCUAUUCAAUUCUACCAAUGAUUUGUCCUCACAUGUGCUUAUGUGUAGUUAUUACCUAAAUAAUAACUGUUUUCAGAUAAUACUAAUGUUUUGCUUGUCUGACCAUGUGUAGGAAGAAUACUGACGGUUAAAUUGCUGCCUUUAUACUGUUAAACUCUGCAAUAAAGUGGGGAUGUCAAGAGUCUCCACUCCUCUACCACCUGGAGAAAUGUCCAGUGGGCCUGUAGCUGAAAGCUGGUGUUACACGCAGUUUCUGCCGAGAAGAAAUGGGUGAAGUUUUAAAGAGCUCUACCUUUUCAUCAGGGCCGAAUGACAAAAUGAAAUGGUGCCUGAGGGUAAAUCCAAAAGGGUUAGAUGAUGAAAGCAAAGAUUACCUUUCAUUAUAUUUACUUCUAGUUAGUUGUCCAAAAAGUGAAGUAAGAGCAAAAUUUAAAUUUUCUCUUUUAAAUGCCAAAAGAGAAGAAACAAAAGCAAUGGAAAGCCAAAGAGCAUAUCGAUUUGUUCAAGGCAAAGACUGGGGUUUUAAAAAAUUCAUUCGAAGAGACUUUUUACUUGAUGAAGCUAAUGGUCUUUUACCAGAUGAUAAGCUUACAUUAUUUUGUGAGGUGAGUGUGGUCCAAGACUCAGUGAAUAUAUCAGGACAGUCCAGUACAAACACAUUAAAGGUACCUGAAUGCAGGCUUGCAGAAGAUCUAGGAAAUCUCUGGGAAACAACAAGAUUUACGGAUUGCAGUUUUCAUGUAGGAGGACAAGAGUUCCAAGCUCAUAAAUCAGUUCUUGCAGCUCGUUCACCCGUUUUUAAUGCAAUGUUUGAACAUGAAAUGGAGGAAAGCAAAAAGAAUCGCGUAGAAAUAAAUGAUGUAGACCCUGAAGUUUUUAAAGAGAUGAUGAGAUUCAUUUAUACAGGGAAAGCUCCAAACCUUGAUAAAAUGGCUGACAGCUUGUUGGCGGCAGCAGACAAAUAUGCACUGGAACGGCUGAAGAUCAUGUGUGAAGAAGCUCUGUGUAGUAACCUCUCAGUAGAAAAUGUUGCAGACAUCUUGAUUCUCGCAGAUUUGCACAGUGCAGAACAGUUGAAAGCACAAGCAAUAGAUUUCAUUAACAGGUGCAGUGUCCUUAGGCAACUUGGUUGUAAAGAUGGGAAAAACUGGAACAGCAACCAAGCAACAGACAUAAUGGAAACAGCAGGCUGGAAGUCGAUGAUCCACUCUCAUCCCCAUUUAGUAGCUGAGGCCUUUCGAGCACUAGCAUCUGCACAGUGUCCACAGUUUGGCAUUCCCCGCAAACGACUAAAACAGUCAUGAAAUCUUCCAUGAACUAUAGAAAAUUAAUAACUCCUCAUUCAUGUCCAGAGGGGUUUUUACAAACCAUCUGCCAGAAUAUGCUACCCCUGUCCGCAGAACAGAACUUGAAAGCUUUUAAGAAUGGAUACUUUAUGGUUUAAAUAAUCAGCUUUAAAUUAGACUGAUAACUCUCCAGUUCACUGAAAGGCCUUAACGUCAACUACUCUAGUUCAUUUGUGAUUUUCUUGUUUUUGUUUUUUAAAUGGUGCCUCGUCAUUUUGACUCGGCCAUGUAGGAUUGCACUAGCUCCAUAAUGCAGUAAUGCUGAUAAAUGAAGACAGUUCUUGAAAGGGAUCUUCCUCUUUUCCUUUACUUUUUUUAAAUCCCAGAAUGAAGAUUAUCAUUUGGUCUUGUGGUAACUGGAAGGUUUCAACUAGCCUCUCAUUAAUUGUGUUAGUGGUCAACAAGCACUCCAGUCCAAGUACUGUAUGAAGAGUGCAUCUGCCCACCUUCAGAGGGUGCAGUCAGACAUGCUGUGGCAAUAUACUGCUCUGAAUAUAAUUUAUUUUUCAUUGGUUCAGGUGAGUGAGGGAAAUAUGCAAUGUCUUGGCCCAGAAAUGUAUUUUACUAGAAUUUGUAAAUGCUUACCAUGAGAGUGUCUCCAUCAAGUGUGAAAAGACAUACACAGUAACCCUUUUGGCCUGUGUUGCUUUGUGAUCCAUUGCUAUUUUACGUUGUACUGAACCAGAACGAAAGUUGGAAUGGAGAAGAAUUAAGUGAAAUGUGCUGGGGAGAAAAUGGUUAUUUCUCAAGUGGGAUUCGUGGAAGAUCAAGGAUGCAUAAGAAUGACCAAAUGUAAAUUUCAGAAAUGGGCCAAAUUAUGGAUUCUCAGUAUGCACUUUUAAUGUGUAACUUUUGUAUGUUGUGUGGUACAUAUAUAUUUUGGUUUUGAUAAAUAUGGUACAGUAAUUGUGGCCUAACUUUUGAAAUACAUUAAGAUGCCCACAGCCACAUGGGAUUUAGUUUUGUUACUGCAAACAAGGAAAGCAUGACUUUGGAGAUGUUGAUUCAAAGUGAAUAUCUUAAGUGUUCAUGUUAGAAUCCAUUCUAUUUUCACACUUUGAGCAAGCUUAACUAUGUUCCCUUAGUGUGUGUACGCACAAGCCUGUUCACACUAGUGGAAGUUGCACAGACACACACUUAGCAGGAAGAAUAGAAGUCUGAAAUGUCAGUAUUUGUAAGCACUGACUUGCUGUUUUUAGCAUUCGUUAUUGUACUAGCAUUGUGGAUGGUAUUGAAAUUCUGCAUAAUGUGAAAAGGAUAUAACAACCUGUAAACUGCUUGUAAUGGGCCAGUCUUUUUAUUAUACAGACCUUAGCUUUAAUGCCACCACUUCCCGUGUGUUUGCUAGCAAUUGUUGUUUACAAUUGGGAGGAUUUGUCUGCAGCAGUGCACAUUGUAAAGGUUUCUUGACUUACUAUGUUUGAAUUUUAUUUUAAGUAUGGUGAUGUGCUGUAUCUGUUGCGUGAGAAAAAUGCAUUUAGUCCCAAGAAAAGGGAAUUCCUCUGAAUUUUGCAACUGAAAAUUUUAGUUGGCCCAUUAGUUUCACAUACUUAGUCCAUAAAGAUUUCUUUAGCUUCUCAAAAGAUGUCACCUUUCCUGACAUGUUGAAUGAUCCGGAGCAUAUUUAUUCCAAACUAUUACUUUGACUAAGAACAUCUUUAAGAACGAUUAGGGACAAGAGAAAUACCCCCAAGCCAGCACUGUGCAAAAGCUUGAAACACACCCAUGUUCUUUGCAGUGAGGUCAGGACAUGCUUUGGACUGGCAUCCUUGUGACAUGGUUAGAUGGGCCAUUUCAGUUGCACUCCUGGUGGUUUCAGUGGGCCUAAAUAUUCAGUGAACCGAAGUGGUACAGAGGCAUUCUUUCCAGAAAUGCAUCAUAGCUUUUGACAUGUAUCAGAAGUUUCUCCUUAAAUUAAGGUCUUGCACAUGUUUUCAGGUAAGGUAGAAGAAUGUGUGUCCCUCCAUGAGAGAGAAACUUCUGCUGCAAUGUAACAAAUGAUAAGCAACCUCACAUCUUGAAAGUUGCAGCUAUAAUAUACAAAGUGACUUGAAUAUUUAAUACUGUAAUUGUCCAAUUUCAGCCUGUUCUGAUAUGAGUAGAUAUAGCAAUCACGUUGAACACCAUAAAACAUUUUGUUUAAAGGUUUUUAAAAAGCUUGAUAGCACAUUUUGUACCAAAAAUAUCAAACACCGUGCUGUAAGAAUAUCUACUACUCUAUAAAAUGCCACUUAUAUUGUAUGGUAGACACCUUGUUAAUUUUGACAUUACCAGCUGAUCACAACUGUUGAUCUACUGUAUUAUUUUAUCCAUUGGCUAUAAAAAGACACAAAAAGAGUGAAAUGUUGGUCUAUCCAGUGGGUGCACUAAUUCAUCUUUUUCCUUUAGUUGAACCACAUGGUGAUCUCAUAUUUCCAAAAGAGAUGGCAAGAACAGUUUGCUCCAAGUCACUGCAAGUUGCUUUUAUUUUCCCUGUUCUCAUAAAGUAUAUUAUAGAUGUAAAUGUACUGCAGGUGGAAAACUCUAUUUACAGAUGUAUUUUUGAGCUGAAAACUGGAAAUUUGGAAGGGUUAGGGAACAGCCCACUUAACAGGAUUUUCAGCAUAAUUAUCUAAGUGCCAUACUUGGCUUGCCAAUUCUGUCCCCUCAGUACCCAUCAGCCAUCACUGUCGAACUUUUUCUCUAAGGGAGCACCCUGCAUGUGUUGUGCAAUGGGUUUUUAACAAAGAUUUGUUUUCCAAUUAAAAAAAAAAUAGGACUCAGUUUGCUGUUUAAGUGGAAGAGGUUCCACUUAAAUAACUUACGUGACAGCAUUUUUUCCAGUAAGUCAUCCAUAUUUUGACAGUCCGUUUACUGCAUGCUAGAGUAUGAAUGCAUAGUGCCUUUUUAAAAUGCAAGGUGAGGGUGGAAGAAGAUUUGAAAAUUGCCAAGGAAGCUAGAGGACCUGAUACAUAAGGAAGUUCUGAAUGCAGAAUAGAGUGGUAUAUGUUCAUCAAUGUGUUCAUCUUCAGAAGCUACAGAGGCUUUUUUUUUUUUUUUCAGAGAGAGAUUUUCUUGUGAAUCUUUGCAGGCAUUCCUGUGGACUCUGGGUCCUAAAAUAAGGUUAUUAACAUGAGGAAGACUUCAUUUUUGUGUGUGGCUUUUUGGUGAUUCUAGAAGUGUGGGAUGGCAGUGAUUUCUUGAUUAUGUCUGCCUUCAGUGAGUAAUGCAAGGUGCAGGCCGCAUGUUGGUCCUCUUAUCAAAGAGCAGUUCCUUAAGGCAAGGCUAUGUAUUGUGCUAGUAAAGUUCGUAUAGAAAAUGUCAGGGUAACCAUUUUGGAGAUUUUUGUUUUAGGUUAUAAAGUAUGACUUAAAAUAUUGGAUGUUUACACCAAGAUAAAUUUUUGUUGGCUGGGCUGAUUGAAUCUUCUUUAUGCUUCCUAUGAACUUGUAAGGAGUUUAUUUUGGUACACAACAUAACUGCAUUGGUUUCCUUGCUUCCUGCUUGCAGCAAAUGGACUUUCUCUGAAAUGGACACUCAUUAUUUUUGUCAGUGUUUGCUGUGGUUUGUGUUAAUCAUACUCUGUAAUCUAGUUAAUUCUGGAUUUUGAUAUGUCAGAAUGAAGGUUUAUUUUUGAGUCCUGUUCUAGAAUCUAAGCAUUGGAAGAACUUCAACCUGGUCUUAGUUAGAAGUUAUUCACAUUACCUAUCAUGUUAAAACACUUGCAUCAAGCCAUCCCGCCUUUUAUAUCCGCCUGAUGUUAACAGUGAAAUACUUUUUGUACCUUGUUGCUGAAAAUAUUUUUGCAUUUCAGGACAUCAAGUUACAAUAAAGUUGUUACUUAUUCAGAAAA